AUGCAGCCGGGCCAUGAAGGCGAGGGACGCUUCGAGUUUUGUCUUGUCUUGGGCCGCACGCGCUGGGUGUCUUGGAAGGCCGACAGCCAGAUCGCAGCCCCGUGCCUGGCGAAUGUUUGGAACGGGGCCGAGGCGUGUGCGAAUGCACAUCGGCCAUGGCGGAUGCAGACGGGGACAGCCCGAUGGCAGAGAGCUGCUCCUGUGGCCCAGCAAAAGGAAGAUGUCAUCCGCGAGGACAUGCACGAGCUGCAAGCUUGGUUCCCGCCGGCUUGGACAACCCAGUGCAACCGCUGCUAUCUCUCGCUCUCGCUCUCACUCUCUCCGUAUCUCUUGUGGAUGGCCGCCUGGGCAAAAGACCGAGUCAGGCCGACGAGCCCGGUGGGACACCCGGCCGCUGGUGCCCGGCACCAGAUCGGGUGCAAGAAACGUGCGAGGGGCUCGCCGCGGGCCUGGCCACAAUCUGUGGCAGAUCCUGAGCAUCGUGGCGACCUCAAGCCGGGCAAAAAAACGAGGUCAGACUCAGCGAGCGGCGAGCGGCCAAGCGGUCCAUCCGCGGGACCUCGUUGUUGGAGCCGAGCCGCAGAUCGCGAGGUCUCGCGGAUGAGCCGCAGGACGAUUCGCAGACCAGUCGCCGUCGCAGGGGGGCCGACCAGCGUGCCAGGCGGGCAUGUGGGGGCCAGAGAACGGGCGCUGGUUGGCCAGCAGCUGGGGUUGCACGGCUGGUUCUGGAUCGCGCCUGGGCCCGAGGGAACGCGGCGCGUGCAAGCAGAGUGGGCCGAGUCGAUGCUCCGAUGGACGCACGUGCGGGCCGAUGCCGCAACGGCGCUGUACAGCACGGCGACACAGCGGACGCGACGGUGGUGUCGCUGCACACGCAGCAUGCUGUGA